AUGGAAGAUGGAGGCGAUGUUUCAGCCGCUUCGGCCGGAGCAGGGUCCUCAGGCGAUGUUCCAGCUGCUUCAGCCGGAGCAGAUGCCUUUGAAGAUGAAGUUGAUUUGGAAAUCGGUGAAGAACAGAGGAAAGCCAUUGUGAAGAAAGAACCACAUCAACCAUCCCAAGCUGAAGUUGACGAACAUGAAAGCACUGGACAUGUUGUCCAUCGGAGCUGGUGCUUGCACUGCAAAAGGGCACGUGUGACUGCUGAUCGCCAUGUGCCUAAGGAACUUGAUGAGCCAGAAACGCAGUUGCCCACGCUGAGCCUGGACUACUUCUAUAUGAACCAGGACCAGGUUGCGGAUGAGGCGACCCUUCCGAGCAUUGUGGUGAAGUGCCACAAGACCAAGAGAUUUUGGGCGAGCGUUCUCCCGGGAAAAGGGGCGGAUGCGUUCGCAAUCGCGUUCGGUGAAAGCAUCCUGUAUAGGCCGAGGGCCAAUCGUGGGGGCAAGAGAAAUGACCUUGCUCCAAGGGUAUCCAUUGGGAUGUACGUUGGAACUGGAAACAGAAAUUCAGACGUCUUUGUCAUGACGGAACGUGGAAUCAUGAAGGGGAACUCGAUCCAUCGACGCCCACCUGACGAUCAGUUCAAACAUGAUCAGUUUGACUCGCUACGUGGCCUUCCUUGGAGGUUGCAAGAACGAGAACAUGGUGGACUGAGGAUCGCCCUUCCCGAUGUUGCAGCGCCUCGUGAAAGGCCUGCAGUGCAAGAAGUGAUCCCAAGGAACCUCUAUGUCACCAAGAAUGACUUGGAAAAGCAUGGGCACACACCUUUGUGUCCUGGAUGUGAAGCAGCAAUACUUGAGAUGCCAAGCCGAGCUCACAAUGCUGAGUGCAGACAAAGAAUCCAGAUCGAACUUGACAAGACUCCAGAAGGUCAAGAAAGGAUCAAAAGAGCGAGAGAGAGAGAGUUGCACAAGGCAGGCGCCCAAGAGGCGCGGCUGCACCGCCUGAGGGUGGUGGGGCAGAAGGUGGUGAAGCUGCACCACCAGUUGUCCCAGGAGGGGAAGUUGAACAACCAGUCUUGCAAGACCGUGUUCCUUUGGAUGCGGAAAUGGAUGCAAGUGAGGCUGUUGGUGAACCACUGGUCGACACCGAUUUUCGUGGAGAACUCAGACAGAGAGAACAAGAAAGAGAAGGAAGCCCAAAGAGGCAGAAACAAGAACAAUCCCGAGGCUUCAGGGUCAGCCGGACCACCGGCACCGGAUGCUUCAUCUGGUGUUCCGGAAGGUGCUGCCGCUGCACCAACAAGUCCUGAGACAAACCAGGAGAUGCUACAUCUGUGUUCCUUGCUCAAAGAUGUGAUCGCAAAAGGGAAGGUUGCUGAGAUCUUCUCUCCACCGCGUGUGGCUGCACAAGCCCAAGUGGUCGGGCUAGCACCUGGCUUCUCGAUUGACUUGGAGACAAAGCGUGGUGAUGGAACUCACUGGGACUUGAGUAAAGAUGAACACAUUCGUGAUCUGUUUCAACUGCUUGACUAUGAGAAACCAGAGUUCCUCGGCGGCUCACCUCCCUGUGGGCCAUUCUCGAAGCUGCAAAACAUUGUGGAUGCGAAGGGCAAUGUUUCACCUGAAGUUCGAGCGCAGAGACUAAAAGAUGGUCGCAAACAUCUGCGCACGGCAGUUUCAGCGUAUGAGCAUCAAAUGAAUGCUGGAAGGUACUUCUACCAUGAGCACCCUAAAGGGGCCGCUUCGUGGGAAGAGAGAGCUGUGAAGAGACUGAGGGCAGAUGAACGGGUGUAUGAAGAGGAGUUUUGGAAGCAGCUGCCCGACAGCGAUGACACCAUCGUGGAGCCAGUGCUUGACGCACACUCCGGUGCUGUCUUGGAUGUUGACAAGGUCAGAGCCUCGAGCACUCUUCAGAGCACGAUCAGCUUGAGUUCCGGUGAAGCGGAAUACUACUCGAUCGUUCGAGGAGUUUCCAUCGGAAUGUCGCUACAGGAGAUCUUGCGAGGAUGGGGCCUACAACCAAAACUUAAAGUGCACACAGAUUCAUCCGCUGCGCUGGGAACAUGUAACCGUCAGGGCUUAGGCCGCUCACGGCAUGUUCAAACUCGCUUUCUGUGGGUGCAAGAAAAGCUUGCACUACAUGAAUUCGAACUGGUGAAGAUCCCGACAAAGCAGAACGUAGCUGAUUUGUGCACCAAAGGUUUACCUGCGAAUGAGAUGGAAAGACACAUGCAAAGCAUGGGGUUCGAGUACUCUCAUGGUAGAGCCGAAGCUGCAAAGGCUUUGGAAUGA